GGACCAGGCAUUCAUACAAGAAAUGGGCAACAGGCUCACCUGAGAGACGCAAUGUAAUCUUUCUUAAAAAGUUACGAUGGGCUCCUCACACCAGUUAGAAUGGCGAUGACUGAAAAAUCAGGGGACAAGAUCAGUAGCUGCUACACCAGAAAGACGGCGGAGCAAGAGCAAAGAAAAAUCCCUUUAGUUCCAGAAAAUCUCCUGAAAAAGAGGAAGGCGUAUCGAGCCCUCAAAGCCACUCAGGCAAAGCAGGCGCUUUUGGCAAAGAAGGAGCAGAGGAAAGGAAAAGGGCCCAGGUUUAAGCGAUUGGAAUCAUUCCCACAUGAUUCCUGGCGGCAGACACGUGACAAGGUGCGUGUCAGACAACUGGAAGUGAAGCCUCACGCCUUGGAAUUGCCAGAUAAACAUUCUUUGGCCUUUGUCGUACGCAUUGAAAGGAUUGAUGGUGUGAGUUUACUGGUGCAGAGAACCAUUGCAAGACUUCACCUAAAGAAAAUUUUUCGUGGUGUCUUUGUAAAAGUCACUCCCCAGAACCUAAAAAUGCUGCAUAUAGUGGAACCUUAUGUGUCCUGGGGAUUUCCAAAUCUGAAGUCUGUCCGGGAACUCAUUUUGAAACGUGGACAAGCCAGAGUCAAGAAUACCACCAUCCCUCUGACAGACAACACUGUGAUUGAGGAGCACCUGGGGAAGUUUGGUGUCAUUUGCUUGGAAGACCUCAUUCAUGAAAUUGCCUUCCCAGGGAAGCAUUUCCAGAAGAUCUCAUGAUUCUUGCGCCCUUUCCACCUCUCAGUGGCCUGUCAUGCUACCAAAAAUAGAGUGGGCUUCCUCAAGGAGAUGGGCACACCUGGCUAUCGGGGUGAACGCAUCAAUCAGCUCAUCCGCCAACUGAACUAGACCAGGUGAGGCAGGGCUGAGAACUGCUCUUGGGCUGACUGUGGGUGGGCCAUGCCUUGCCACUUUAAAAGUUCUUUUUGCGUUUACUAGUUAUUAAGAGUAACCGUGAGAUUGGGAGGAAAGAGGAGGCGCGCACAAGUAGUUGGAGACCUGGGAGCAAUGAAUGUCUGAUUAGCACGUGGGGCUAUGCAUAGCCUAGUAGUUACAGGCUUAAAAAUGUCAAGUAACUAAAAACUGUAUUGCUGUAGUCAUUUAGAUGGAAAUGAGGAAAGAAUAUUAAUAACUGACUGCAAAAAGGACUUGAUGUGAAUCAUCUAUUUUGCUGAAGAAAUCUUAACUCUUUUUGAAAUUACAUUUUAUUCCUGUUGCUAUUACUCUAGGUGCCAAACUGCAAUACAUUUUUAUCAAUGAA